CCAGCCAGAUAAGUGAAGAUGGCGAUUUAAAAGUUGUGCUCAGCUUUUCUUGUCAACCCACGGGUGAAAACCUCAACACGUCUUUCGUGCCGAAGCUGUUAUAGAUACAACACACAGUUAUGAAACUAAGGCAGAGCCUUAGAUUUAAGGAAGUUUUUAGAAUUAAACAACCCGUUUUAUUAUAUUCGACAACGACUAUGUAGAAAAGGCUCGUGUCCUUUCGCACAAAAUUCAAACCUUUUUAUUUUUUUUUAUUUUGUUUUCUCGUACGGAAAAUCUGGUGAUUUUUUUUGGGUCGAAACGAUGUCUUCUUCUCUAACACUCCUAUCUGCCAUCUGUGCCCUUAUCUGCUUUCGUCCUUAUGUUCAAGGAUUGAAGUGCUAUUGCGAUAUAUGUGGCCAAGAGACGAAUUAUACAUGCGAAACAGAUGGAUAUUGUUUUACGUCUAUAACUCUAGACAUGAACACGCAAGAAAAAAGUCACUCUUUCAGAUGCCUGGACAAGAGUAAGUGGUUCCCGCCCGGCAACCCGAGGCAAUGCUUGAAGCGAAUCAGCUGCUGUUCCGAAUAUGACUAUUGUAAUGCAAAGCAAGAUGGCAAACCGAGAGGUUGGAAUAAAGAAUUAUACCACAAACCGAUUAGAUUCCAUUCUAAGCCUACAAAGCGUCCAGAAUGGAUAGAUGGAGCUGGAAGUGUAGCCGGCAGUUUAGGAACUUGGGAGCUUGUUCUUUUCAUAGCUGGGCCGACGUGUAUGAUCUGUUUGAUCAUCAUGCUUAUCCUCACCCGUUGGAAUCCUUACAAAAGAUCAAGGAUGCGAUAUCAUUGUCCCGAACCGAUGGAAGGCCCAGAACAACCGAUUCUCGGUUCUGUUUCUCUGAGAGACAUGAUAGACAUGACAACAUCAGGCUCUGGUUCAGGACUUCCUCUACUCGUACAACGAAGCAUUGCCAGGCAGAUACAACUUGUCGAUACAAUAGGGAAAGGAAGAUUUGGUGAAGUUUGGAGAGGAAGAUGGAGGGGUGAAAAUGUUGCUGUUAAAAUAUUCUCCUCGAGGGAAGAAAGAUCUUGGUUCAGGGAAGCAGAAAUCUACCAGACAGUUAUGCUAAGGCAUGACAAUAUUUUAGGUUUUAUUGCAGCCGAUAACAAAGAUAAUGGAACAUGGACACAAUUAUGGUUAAUAACGGAUUACCACGAACAUGGUUCCCUUUUUGAUUACCUCAAUAGAACAACAGUAGAUGUGCCAGGAAUGAUUCGAAUGGCUCUUUCUAUUUCAACAGGAUUAGCUCACCUCCAUAUGGAAAUUGUCGGAACUCAAGGUAAACCGGCAAUUGCUCAUCGUGACCUUAAAUCCAAAAACAUACUUGUCAAAGCAAAUGGAACAUGUGCCAUCGGCGAUUUAGGCCUAGCUGUAAGGCAUGACGUCACAACUGAUACUGUUGACAUACCUCUUAAUAAUAGAGUUGGUACUAAGAGAUACAUGGCACCUGAGGUGCUUGACGAAUCUAUGAACAUGAAUCAUUUUGAUUCUUUUAAAAGAGGUGAUGUGUACGCCUUCGGUCUCAUACUAUGGGAAAUCGCGAGGCGGUGUAAUGUCGGUGGUGGAAUUUAUGAAGAAUACCAGUUACCUUUCUUUGACCUCGUCCCCUCAGACCCUACAAUUGACGAAAUGAGGAGAGUAGUCUGUAUAGACAGGCAAAGACCUAGCAUUCCCAACAGAUGGCAAUCCUGUUUGGCCCUUCAGGCAAUGUCACGUGUUAUGAAGGAAUGCUGGUACCAUAAUGCUGCAGCACGAUUGACUGCUUUGAGAAUAAAGAAAACGUUAGCUAACCUCGCAGCAACGGAAAUACUCAGGAUGUAAUAUAUAUAUUAUAAUAUAUAUAUACAAUUUUAUUGAAAAAUGUAUAAAAAAAAGAAGCACAAAUGAAAACCAACUAAAAACUUCUUUUACUUGGGCGAUUGGUUUUCGUUUGUGGUUUUUUUUCUUUUAAUCUUGUAAAUAUGAGCAG